CGGAAAUCCAGAAAUUCAACUGCAACAUACCCCAGACAACUGCAACCAUCAACAUGUCCAAAUCAGUCAACCGUGCCGACUGGGCCGACGAUGAGGAGUUCGAUGAACCCUCCGCACUCCCCGCGCAGCAAGUCAUAACGAACAAAGACGGAACGAAAACCGUCAUCUCCUACCGUUUCAAUGACGAAGGCAAGAAAGUAAAGGUCACCCGCCGAAUCAAGACGACAGUUGUGCGAGAACAUGUCAACCCACAAGUCGCGGAGCGACGGUCGUGGGCCAAAUUCGGUCUGGAGAAGGGCCAUGCCCCGGGUCCGUCCUUCGACACCACAUCUGUCGGUGAGAACAUCGUUUUCCGACCCAGUAUAAACUGGAAGGUGCAUGCACAAGAGGCCGAGAAGGCAGGUGGCGAGAAGGGUGGUAUUAAGGAUCAGCUCAAGGACAAGAAGGUCAAGUGUCGUAUUUGCAGCGGAGAGCACUUUACUGCUCGCUGUCCGUUCAAGGAUACCAUGGCCCCUGUCGAUGAACCUGCUGCUGGUCCUGAUGCUGAUGAGAGGCCUGCCGCCGGUGGUCUUGGUGGCGGCAGUGCAAGCUAUGUGCCCCCUCAGCUGCGGAAGGGUGGUGCUGCAGCUGGCGAGAAGAUGGCUGGAAAGUACGAGAAGGACGAUUUGGCUACUCUAAGGGUCACAAACGUGAGCGAGCUGGCAGAGGAACAGGAACUCCGGGAUCUAUUCGGGCGCUUCGGUCAUGUCACCAGAGUUUUCUUGGCCAGGGACAGAGAGACCCAGAGGGCAAAGGGAUUUGCAUUUAUCAGCUAUGCAGACCGAACCGACGCUGCACGCGCCUGCGACAAGAUGGAUGGCUUUGGUUACCGCCAUCUUAUCCUGCGCGUCGAGUUCGCGAAGAGGUCUACUUAGAAAACAAUUACAAAAGUCUCUUUUCCUUAUCGAGUAUGCCAUUUUCCUUGUUUAUGACAUUUUGGGAUCGUUUCUCAUCAGGGGGCUUGCUAGAUACGCUUGUGAGGAUAUUUCCUAACUCUUUUCUUUGUAUUUCGUGAUAUGAUAUGCUCAAUAAUGACUACUGAGGAUAUCCAGGAUGUCAGCAUCUACUUCCUUUUAUUGCAUGCAUAGACGAAGAGCAUGUUGAAUAAAAUAAAGAAUUCCUAUUCUUUUUCAGUCGUAAAUGAUCAUGGCAUUUUCUUUCUAGAUGGGUUAGGCUUUAAUAUGCCCAUGCCAUAUUCAAAUAGUUACAUAUUAGAACGGAGAAAUCUCGCCAACAACGGUCCAAU